GCAGAGAUGGUCUAAUGCAUUUCUAACUUUCUCAUCUCUUCUCUUCUCUUCUCUUCGAUUCGAUUUACGUACCUUCACCACCGCAACGUUUUCCACCUUCUAGAAUCUUCUUCUAUCUCCUUCAGGAUUAUUCCUCAGAUCUGAGAUCGCACCGUCCAGAGUAGUGGAAUCUGUUGAUCUGGUGAACCAUGAAUUCUAGAAGAGACGCCCGGAACAGCAGAGUUGCUCUGUUUGACGGCAUUGAGGAGGGAGGCAUCCGAGCAUCAUCACUUUACUCCUCCUAUAAUGAAAUUGAUGAACAAGAUAACGAGCGAGCAAUGGGUGGAUUGCAAGAUAGAGUCAGUUUGUUGAAAAGAAUCUCAAGUGAUAUACACGAGGAGGUGGAUAGUCAUAACCGGAUGCUGGACCGCAUGGGGAAUGACAUGGAUUCUUCAAGAGGAGUUCUUUCAGGGACUAUGGACAAAUUCAAAAUGGUCUUUGAGAAAAAAUCCAGCCGAAGAACGUUUUCACUUAUAGCAUCCUUUGUUGUGCUUUUCCUUAUAAUAUACUAUUUGACUAGGUAAUUGAUCUAUAUUAGACCCCGUAGGAGGUUUACUUGCUCUAUCACUGUAAUUAAUGUUGCUACUUUUUAAGAUGUUAUUUGUUUGGGUUUUUUUGGACGUUUGAAAAUGGUAUCGAAACAAAUGAGAAAUGUGCAUAUCAAUCAAGUUUGUGAAUA